ACGCGCAAAGCAUCCUGCCUAUAGGAUUUGAGGCUUUCUCAGUGCAGGUUUUUUCCUACCACUUUAAACCUUCAGGUUCUAAAUAUCAAGGAAGACAGGAAAUGCCGUGUGAAAAUAGCAGGCCAAAAGUUGUUAGUACACUGCAGCCAGGGAGACUCAGGCUAGCAUGGAGGUAGAAAGAGUUGAUGGUGGAUGGAUUUAAUUCUAAGUCUAUCUGGGGGCUCAGUUUUUCUUGUUUUAUUGCCAAUUUGCUGCAUUUAGAGAUGGUCUGCCUUGGUCAUGUGACAGCCAGAGCAGCACCAGCAUCAAAACAGUGACAGACAGUUCUGAAUGCCAGAGUAUAUGUGUACUCAAGAGUAUUUUUAUUCAAGAAGAUGAAGUGCCCAGCAUAGAUUUUAUCCUCAUUUCCAAUUGAAAUAUUUCAAUUUCACUUGCAAAAGCAAAAGUUGAGAAACAGCAUCUAAGGGCACUUUUUAGGGGGAAAAUUCUAGAGGAUGGCUCUGAAUGAUUGUUUUCUUCUGAACUUGGAAGUGGAACAUUUCGUACACUGCAACAUCUCCAAUCACAGUGUGGAUCUCCCCAUGAACGACGACUGGUUCCACCCGGGAAUCCUGUAUGUCAUCCCUGCAAUUUAUGGGGUCAUCAUUCUGAUAGGGCUCGUGGGCAACAUCACCCUGAUUAAGAUCUUCUGUACCGUGAAGUCCAUGCGGAAUGUGCCCAACCUCUUCAUUUCCAGCCUGGCUUUGGGAGACCUGCUCCUCCUGGUAACCUGUGCCCCCGUGGACGCCAGCAGGUACCUGGCUGACAGAUGGCUGUUUGGCAGGGUUGGCUGCAAGCUGAUCCCCUUUAUCCAGCUGACCUCGGUUGGGGUGUCUGUCUUCACGCUCACAGCCCUCUCAGCAGACAGGUACAAAGCCAUUGUCCGGCCGAUGGAUAUACAGGCUUCUCACACCCUGUUGAAGAUCUGCCUCAAAGCCGCAUUGAUCUGGGUCAUCUCCAUGCUUCUGGCCAUUCCAGAGGCUGUGUUUUCUGAUCUGCAUCCCUUCCAUGAGGAAAGUACCAACCAGACCUUCAUUAGCUGUGCUCCAUAUCCCCACUCAAAUGAGCUGCACCCCAAAAUCCACUCCAUGGCUUCCUUCCUCGUCUUCUACAUCAUCCCACUGUCAAUCAUCUCUGUCUACUACUACUUCAUUGCCAAAAAUUUGAUCCAGAGUGCUUACAAUCUUCCUGUGGAAGGGAAUACACACGUCAAGAAGCAGAUCGAAUCCCGGAAGCGCCUUGCCAAGACAGUGCUGGUGUUCGUGGGCCUCUUCGCCUUCUGCUGGCUCCCCAACCACGUCAUCUACCUGUACCGCUCCUACCACUACUCCAAGGUGGACACCUCCAUGCUCCACUUCAUCACCAGCAUCUGUGCCCGCCUCCUGGCCUUCACCAACUCCUGUGUGAACCCUUUUGCCCUCUACCUGCUGAGCAAGACUUUCAGGAAACAGUUCCACACUCAGCUGCUCUGCUGCCGGCCCGGCCUGAUGACCCGGUCUCACGGCACUGGGAGAAGUACCACCUGCAUGACCUCCUUCAAGACUACCAGCCCCUCUGUGGCCACCUUCAGCCUCAUCAAUGGAAAUGUUUGUCAUGAGGGAUAUGUCUAGGCUGACCCUUGACCCUGCCCCCCUAGAGGCCCCUGGUUUUGCCUUGUGGCUAGUAAGGAACCGUCACAUCUGCUGUUGCCUCUGUACCCUCCAAAGACCAUUUGGAAGGCUUGAGAGGAGUGUAGACAUGGUGGGCAGAGACCCAGAUGGAUCCCUAGUGUGUCUGAAGGGCCCUUCGAGGCUUAUAUUUUCCAUUUCAACUUGUGAGUGUUUCUUCUGAUGUAUGGGAAACUUUCCCUUUUUUAGAAAAGGGAACAAAUAAAUAAUUAUUUUAAGCAUCAAGUCCUAAUACAGAGAUGUGGCCAAUUAAGUCAUAGAAACUAUAUGGACAAUCAGAUUUAUAUAGCAAAGAAGUUAUAACUUGAACAUCUACUUUGUGAAAGACUUCAUCUUGUUGUUAUUUAAGCAGUGGCUAGUGCUUAAGAAAUACCAUUUGAGUCAUUUUUCAGAAAUAUUUAUAACCCCAAACCAAGGAACUGUUUUUUACACAGGUAACCCGAAAAGUCAACCCUGUGUAUGCAGGACGGUCCCAAAUGGAUAACAUGGGAGGCCAGUUUAAAACAAAUCCCUGAGUGUUGCUUGUUUUUGAAAAACUUUACUGAAGAUAUUGGAGAAACACUUGACCCAUCACUUUAAGGCAAAAACACGACCAAACCCACAGACACAUAGAAAGACCCUUGUGCAGCAAUGGGGUGAUAUCUCACACUGAAUUCUCACUCGAUGGAGGUCCUUUUUGCCGUCAUCCAGUUUUAACUGUCUGUGGCACAGCUCUCCUAUGGAAGAGAAUCCUUUUAGCAGAAAAUUGAUCAUGUCAUCAAUCCAGCAAACAUUUAUAAGGGCAUAAAGCAUAGUAUUUAUUUUUGGUGUACAAGUUUUCACCCAGAUGUAUUUGCUUAGAUCAGGCUGGUCCUUGUCUGAUACACUGAAGCAGUAAUUUCAUGGGAGAAAAAAGGGAUCCCACCUCGGUGGAAAUAGCAACAUAUUUACAUUUAUCACUAGCUUCACCUCAAGUCUGUGGGAGGAAAUGAAUAAGACUUCAGUAACAUGCAUUUCUGUUUGAAUAUGUAUAAAUUGCAGGGAGCUUAGCUUUAAGAACUGAUUGUAAAACAGCUACACAUAUACUGAUUCUACUUCAGAGGAGUACUUCUGAAACAGCCCAUGUGCAGAAAAAUACUGGACGGAAAUCUUUUUCUUUUUCUAAGUGAGUGAAAGGAUUUGACUAUCUUACUUUAGAAAUCCUGCAUCAAGUUUUUCUUGACUCAAGGACAGACCAGCUCUGAGAGACUGCAAACCUGUUCACCCGUUUUCAGAUAAAUCCCAAUCCUGCUAAUGUGCUCUAAUGUAUGUCCCUUACAUCCUAUGGCAAUUUUAGUUUUGAUUCUGUCCAGGUGAGAAAGAAUAGUCAGCUCUCUUUUCCACAUGCACACAGAAAAAGAUUUUUGUCUCUUGAUAUGAGGAGGUAUUCACUGUUGGCAGAGCUCUAGGAGUUAAGACCAAGGCAGUUGUAAAGAUCUGUGUUUGUAGUUGUGUGAGCUGGAAUGAAACCUCUUCACUUCUGUCUGCUACAUGCACUCCCGCACUGUACACCGCUGCUUUCCUGGUGGUCUGUAAUUAUACCGGACAGGCUGAGAAGCAACUGAAAGAACCAGGGUUUCCAGCCCGACAUCCUGAGUCCAUCUCUAGCCAUGUGACCCUGGCUAUCAACAUCCCUUCUCUAGACUCCUUUUUUUCAUCGCUAGAAUGAGAAGAGGCACCAAGGUCCUUCUAUUGCUAAACUGCUCACGUCUCAGCACUGUUUGCAGCUCUGUCUCUCCAGCAUGUUUGCAGCCCAUCUGCUCGCAGUUGCCCCACUUCUGCUACCUUUGAACAGUUCCUCUUGGGAAGUCCUUCAGCCACCGUUCCACACUCGUGUUCACAUUAGUGGAACGGAAGGACGUGGAACUUUCUAUCCCCUCCGGAGCUCCUUGGAAUAAGUGUGUGAAUGAUGUCCAUUGGCUUGUUUUGUUUUGAAAUUGAAGCUGAAAGAGACGUAAGAAAACAGAUUGCUCCACCUCCUCAUUUACAAAGGCUCCUCGCCCCUCUCACCCUUCUUCAACCCCAUGCUUCUGUUAUCCUCAACUACUUACUGCUCCACAGUUUUACCCUUGGCUUUCUUCAAAACCCUUGGGUAUAAGUGACUCCAUACCUAGGUAGGCUCCAGGGCAUACAGCAUUCUGGGUACCCAGCAUGACUUUUUCAAGCAUCUCUCACCCAUGUGCUUCCAAAGACAUUUUGGGGGUAGGACUCAGUGUCUCCCUAAGGUUAACAUCAUGGCAUAGACUGGGUCUGGUCACCUCCCAGCACCUGGAAAAACAGCCAGGAGAUUGGAGUCUAGGUCUAGCUAUGUGUCCUUAGGCCAAUCUUACCACCUCUUUGAGACUCUUAAAUGAAAGGGUUAGAAACUAUUCUGUGAAUCAAGGAUUGGCUCAAACCUUCUUAUUGGGAUGGACUUAGCUUGGCCCUUGUCUAGGGAAGUAAAACUUUUAUUCCCCCUUAAGGACCUGAAAUCACAGCAGGGAGACCCAGGCCCCCAUGUGGUAUCACCUCUCUGUUAGGGCAGACUGUGGCAGGAGCCGGAGCUAAGACAUUUCACGCCUGGCUUCCAAAGAUAAUCACGUUUAGCACUUACGUCUUUGGCAAGGAAAAAAAAAAUCAAUUUUUGCUGUGGAAAACCAUCUGUGUUUAUUCAAUUGACAGACACUACCUUUCAAUCUACCUUAAAUUGAGCCUCCCUGAGGCAGGCCGCUCAGCAGUGACAGAUUAAGCAAUAAACAAGGUCGUCUUCCCCCCAGCCCUGCACCGUGGCUGCGGGCAGGGAAGGCACAGCAGCUGUUAGGGGCCGGCCUGCACAGAGGACCAUCCUCUGCUGGUGAUGUGACGAUUCCCGGUAAGUAUGGGUGGCUGAACCUGCUCCUCUGGCUGCCCUACUCCCCCACCAAGUGGCUCAAAAUUAACGCUGGCUGCUGGGAGGAAAGGAGCACAUUUGCACAUUUGUCUAAUUUGGGGCCAGAGUUUCAUAAACUGGAUUAACGGUUGAAAACAAAGGAAUUAUUUACUCUCCUGGGACCAGGCUUCAUGCGAGCUGUUCAAUGAAACCAAUUCCUGCCAAGCUCUACUCUGUUCCUAUCCAGAUGGUCAUUCCUCUCAGCGCCCACCUCGACAGUGGCCUCCCCGACAACACCCAACACAAACACAACUGGAAAAUCAAGUGCUCUCUUACCCUAACUUUGGCCUUCAAAGAGACCCUUUUAUAGGUGGGAGCUGAGCAUUACAUCCAGCUGAAUAUAUCCCGAGCAAUCAACAGAUUGCACACUGAGAACAGACUUUUCUCCUGUGAAACUGCAAUGCUUUCAAUGGACUAUUUCUAAAUUUUUUAAAAGUUUAAGAGCCCCUGGAUUAAAAUAUUACGUGCUCACGAUUAUUUCAAAAAGUACCCUGCAUUUACAUAGUGCUCAUGGUCUAUAAAGCACCGUUAUACUCAUUGUCUCAUUGAAUCCAGGCUUUCCCUGCUGGCCAGAGAGCUGCUUGCCAUCCUUUCCAAUGGAAAUUUGUAAAUGACAUUUACUAGUGACCACCUUCUAUUAGGUUAAAAGGCCUAUGGAACUAUGGGGCUGAAACAUGACGCUAUGGAUAUUGGGCCAUAGCUGACCUACAAAAAAAGUGAUUUCAUAUGGUUCAGCAUAAUCUGAUUUCAUUCAUUCUCAUGGCUCGUUCUGUGAUAUUGAAGAACAGUGCCGAUCAAUGCUUCCCCAGUUUAUAGGACAGGCUGUUGCCCCCCUCAAAGUGAGUCUGUUUGACUUGACCCACUGGAGUGAAUGGUGUCGCUGUUGCUUGCCCCAGAGAAGCGUGUUAGCGGGAUGGCACUGCCCGUCACAGUGGAGUGGAACACUGAGCUAAGAAGGGUGGGCUCUUUGGGAGCAAAACCACAAGCCACAAAACACAUGGUGUUUGUCUGAAAGCUGAAUGGACUUCUGUGGCUCUGGACGUGCUGGAAAGGAAGUGGCUUAGCUUCAGUAGGUACUGAUGAUGUGCCAAAUGCAGUGCUAAGCACAUUUGUCGCCAUCCUCCCAGGCACCUUGAAAAGUAUUCAGGUGCUGAAGCUGAGGCUCAGAGAGAUGACAUUACGAUCCCAGCACAGUUGAAUGGCAGAGUAUGUGGACCUGGAUCUCUCUUAGGCCCAUGGCCAUUCCACUGCUCAGCACUGCUUCCCAAGUCCAGCCCAUGUGAGAAAUUAACUUACAGCACUAAUAGACAUUCCUGUUCCCUACUCCAGAUUUUGUCCAAAGGCCAGAGCUAGUGAUAGAGCCAAAGAAUAUGCACAAAGCACAUUGAAAAUGUUUCUAAGCACUUAAGCUGAGGACUUACUGCAGGCAGUGGCUGAAAUGCAGCACGAAGCAGGGGGGCAAGAAAGCCCUGUAGCUCCUUUACCUGCAGAGACACAAUUCAGUUGCAACAGCAAGGCCUUGGAAGGCUUCCCACUCAUUUCUGUGAUUAACCCAUGAGCAGAAAACCUUGAUGAAGGGCCACGUAAAUAGGGAAGACCCAAAUGAGAAGAGUCAGUCCAGGCAUCUUUCUUUGAAUCAGGAUUAGUUGGAGAAAAGGUGUCAGGAAAAGGUGGAACCACCUACUUCCCUACUUUCCCCCCAGAAAAGUAGAAAGAUAUGAGAGUGGAUGGAACGGCCACUAAGAGAACAUUCUCUCCUGCACUAAGGCACCUAGUCACGAGCUCAGGGACAGGCUUAGGUACCUGAGUGCCUAGCUCGGAGUGCCCUGUUAUUAACCCAGACACAAUCUCUCAGCCUACUCUGAGCUUGCUUUCUAGAAGAUCACAUUUUUUUUUCUUUUCUUCCCCAAAUUUAAAACUCAUUCCCAGAGCCAUAAUGACAUGGAAGGACUCACAUAAUUUUAUGGUCUUUUAAAAGGAUCAUUUUAAUAGACAGUAAAAUCUCACACAUUCAGCACCUCAUUAAUUCCCAGAUAAGCUUGAAAAUUUUGGUAUAACUCAGGAUAUCAGUGUUCAAGGUAGUUUAUAUUAUUUGGGCCUCCUGGGAAUCCAAAUUUUUUCAUCACUCUGCUUCAGUAUUAGCUAUUCAUAUUGAUAUAUUGAUAUUAAUAAUGUACAACAUAAAGCAAAACUGAUUUUAAAAAAGAAUUUUUUUUUCCUGUAAUCUGACCUAAGUGAUUCAAACAUGACCUUUUUGCAUCCAAGUCGGCAGGGUUUUGGGUAAUAAAAUUAAUUGAAACAGUCAGUUCAGUGAGUUGUAAAAAUACAUGGCACAAACUUCCCUAAUGUCACUUUCUGUUUUUUAAAUAUGAGACUCAUAAUUUGUAAAUUAUAAUUGUACUUGUUGCUAUUAACUGUAAAUAUUUAUUGCAUUAAAAAAGUACUCUGUGUUAAAUAACUCAGAACAAGUUCCAGCUGUGGUACGUAGUAUAAAUAAUGUCAUGGCUUAGCUUUGCCUAGACUCUUUAGAGUAAUGAAUUAUUUAUAAGAAAUUCACAAUAUUAACAUGAAUGAUUCAGAUCCUUUUAAAUGUGCAAAUGUAACUGUGUGACCAUGCAAAAUUCUAUCCACGAAAUAUACUCUUUGAUUGUACUCAUUUUUCAAGAAGUGUUUCCAACGCUUCUACUACAUUGUACCUGAUCUGUAUGACAUUAAGUCAAAUCCAGUGGAGUAAGGUGAAUAUUUAAGUUAUAAAAGAUAAGAAAUGUGUUUUAUUUCUUAAUAUAAUAAAACAUAAUUUAGGAAAUGGACAGAUGCAUGUAUUCAAAGUUCAAUAAAAAUGUGGC